CCACAGGCCUGCCCGGAUCCGGGCCCCUCCCGGGGGCAGCCGGCCUAGCCAAUCGGGUAGCUCCCCCGCAGCCUGGGGGCCGGGAUGAGAUCACUCCCGGCUCAGGCAGGCGCGCCCCGCUGCUCCCGGCUGGUGCCGCGCUAUCCUCCGCCUCUGCCCGCUUCUCCCGUGGAGUUCGCUGCAAGGCCUGCCGCGUCCGGCCGGCUCGGGGCCCUGGCCGCUGCCCCCCCAGCAGGCGGGGGAAGAAACCGGCCGGUUCCGCUGCGUACUACUGCCGCCGCCGGCCCUGGCUGGCUCAGGGCAGCUCCUGCCGAGAAGGAAGAUUUCCUUUGCCAAGGACACACGGGGCCUUGCUCACCCCUCCCCGCCACCCCCCCACUGACGGUCUGGGAUCUUGUCCUGCAUCACAGAUGCCCUGCCCAUUGCUCAUCCUGGUCCUGCUGGUGCUCGCUCCAGCCGGCUCAGUGGAUAUCCGGGUACCCGAUGACCCUGUGAUCGCCCUCUUUGGUCGGGACGCCAUCCUCCACUGCUCUUUCUUGCCUGACACCAGCUUCAGCCUGGCCGAGCUCAGCCUCAUCUGGCAGCUGACGGACACCAAGCGGUUGGUGCACAGCUUUGCCAGUGGGCAGGACCAGCUGGCCGACCAGGGCAGUGGCUAUGUCAACCGCACGGCCCUCUUCUACGAGGAGCUGCCCCGGGGCAAUGUCUCGCUGCUGCUGCGGCGGGUGCAGAUCUCUGAUGAGGGCAGCUUCACCUGCUUUGUCCGGGUCCAUAGCUACAGCAGCGCGGCAGUGACACUACAGGUGGCCGCUUUGUAUUCCAAGCCCAACUUGAACCUGGAGCCCAGCAAGAACCUGAAGCCAGGGGACCUGGUGACAGUGACCUGCCACACCUUCCGUGGCUACCCUGCGGCCACGGUACUCUGGCAGGAUGGCCAGGGCAACAACAUCACAGAGAAUGUCACCACCUCCCAGGUGGCCAAUGAGGAAGGGCUCUUUGACGUGCAGAGCGUCCUCCGGGUGGUGCUGGAGCCCAACAGCACCUACUCCUGCCUGGUGCGGAACCCUGUGCUGCAGCAGGAGACCCACGCCUCAGUUACCAUCACUGGCCAGCACCUCACCUUCCCUGCUGUGGCUCUCUGGGUGACCGUGGGACUCGCUAUCUGCAUCUUGGGGCUGCUGGGUGCCCUGGCUUACGUGUGCCGGAAGAAAAUUCGCCAGAGCUGCAAGGAAGAGGAAGAGAAUGCCGGGAUGGAGGAGCAGAUUGAGGAUGGUGGAGAACCCAAGACAGCUUUGCAGCCUUUGAAGAGCCCAGAGAACAAAGAAGGCAACGAACAAGAAAUUGACUGACAGGAAGUGGAAGAGACACACAAACGAUGCCCCAUGCCACAGACUAGCAGACUGUCCUCUCGGACCAUUGUAGACUCCUGGGGGAUGUCCUAUAGGAGACACUGAACAUCCCAUCACCUGUGCCACCAUUGCUGCAUACCCUAGCCAUGAAGGACAGCAGCUUCAGCUUGUUUUCUCUGUUUGCUUCACCGUAACCAUCUCCCCCACCAACACACACACACAGGGUAGAUGCGACUGUGUCGCUAUGUAGGGCUCGCUUCCUCACGGGGCUGGAUACACUUUAUUCCCAGGAGUUCUUGUCUUCCUGGCCCAUGCAGCCUAAAGGGGCCUGAUUCUCCAUUGUCCUGCACCUUGGGUGCUCACUUCUACCAGUGCAAAGUGGGUACAUAGUGCUCCCAAUGGUGACCAUUUGCACUCACGCUGCCCCAGUGGAAAUGACUGCACAAGAUGCAGGGCAGUGAAGAGUUGGACCCAGGAUGUGAAGGGCCCCUUCCUGUAGGUGAUUAACUUAGAGAUCAGCUGGGUUACUCCUGCAUUUAAAGUUAAGCAGGCGCUUAAGUGCUCUGCUGGAUGGGUUGGAGGGCUCCAGCCCCUUGUGAGAUUGAACCCUCCCUGCAUAGGAGGUGCAGCAAGCAGAAUCUGAGCAGCCAGGAGGGAUGCAGUGGGGACUCUUGUCCUAUGCCAAACGUGUGUGUGGGCAGGUGGGGUGGGCAAUAUUGAUGGUUAAGGGGAUAUUUGGUUAUCAGUGCCCCAUUACAGCACCAGCUCUUGGUGUCUUGGCCCUUGUAGCAUGUGAUUAAUGCGAGAGCAAGCUCUAUGGCUCCAUGGAUGUCCCUUCUCCCCACGUCCAACCAUCCUUCCCCCACUCUCAGCACAAAGCAGGCUUCAACUUAUUCCCACACCCCAAAUUCAGCCUCUAAAGCGGGCAGACAGAGGGAGGGGAUGGGACCAGGUGUCCAUGUCUUUCAGAAGAUCCUAAAGGCAGAGGCUCUGAAUAUCCUUGUGCCCUCCUGUCUGUCUUUCCUCUCCUGCACCUGGUGCCUGAGGCCCAACCACAACUGCUCUCCUCCACUCAACCAAGGGAAGCCUGCUGAUCAUUGGACCAUCCUCCCUCCAAGAUGCCUUCAUGGACAAGGCUCAACAACCUCCAAGCAGCAGACCUGUGGAGGUGGACAGUGGGCCCAAGAAAGUCUUUGAAGUUCCUUAGAGAUGGACAGUGGGUCCAGGUGGCUGUAGAGAUGGAGAAUGGCUUAGUAUGGUUGUAGAGGCUCGGUGGGGAUGGAGCUCAUAGACUUGAGUAGAAGUGGUCCAGGCUCUUGGUUCUGGCUAUGGCAGAGGCACAGCUCCAGAGGGCAUCUUGUUAUCUUUAAUAUUGUACCACUGUCACCAGCAUGUGUCUUCUGCCUUAAGCCCCUGGAGCCAGAUCUGUCCCUGGCUUAAUUCCAUUGAGGUUGGUGGAGUUACCCCAGGGGUGGGUUUGGCCCAGAGGAUUUUGUUGGGGCAGGAGAGGAAGAGGAAACUUCGUAGAUCUCACCCCCCUGCCUUGGCCUUGCUUUAACAAAGGAGUCAGGAAGUAUCUGUAACUGGAUGUUGUGCCUGCUUGGGCCAAGGGUGAGGAGGGGAACUUGCAGGUCAGAUAUGACCCUUGGCUACUAUCUCCCGAGCUGCUUGCUGGAGAAGGGGAUGGGCAUGAGCAGAGGCAAAGAUGGAUUCUCCCACGGUUUUUUGUAUCCUUGGUUGGGAGGGAUGAUCCACAAUUGUCUGCAACAAAGCUAUCCCCAUUUCCUGCUCUGUCCAUCGGAAAGCCUCCCUGCAGCCUGGUUCCAGGGCCAGUGAAGCCAACGGCACCACCUCAGCUCCCUGUGUGGAGCACUGGGUCAGGCACCUCAGUGAAGUUGAAUGGGAGUUCCCCCAUGGCUGUAGCUCUCACACACUGGCCGGUGUGUUCCUGGGCAACUGGUAGCCGUUUUGAAGCCAAGGUUUCCCAUGAGCUGAUGCCUCUAAAGUAUGUGUUUGGAGCCAGAAAUCCCGAGGUGAAUGGAAAAUACCUGACUGAGCAGCAUAGUACCUGCCUGUGACCCUAAGCUUUUCCUAUCAGAAAGCUAGAAGCAAGGGGAAGCUAGGCUGAGAGAAUCCAAUGGGCCAUGGAAGCCACCUUCCUUCUCAGCCCCACGCAUGGUUCAUCUGAAUCCAGAGGGAGGCCCCAUGGUGGAGCAAAGCAGCGGAUGGGUGCCAGGGCCCAUCUGAUGGACUAAAGUUUCUGGUUUCUGAGGCUACCACUGGCCCUCUCACCAGCACUAAAAUCACUAUGGGCUUCCCAGCUAUGUUGAGGGUGGGUGGUGCAAUUAACUUCACGGGGAUGCACUCAUAUCCCAGCUGAGGGGCUAUUAUGGGGGUAGUGGGGAGCACCUCCUAUCAUUAAGAUUGCUGACACCUCCCUAUAUAAUUCCCUGCUUUCAGUUUUUAUAGCUUUGCCAAGCUUUAGCUGUUUGGGUGGAGAUUUUCCAUGCCAGAAGUCUGCCUCAGGCUGAAUGCAUUUGGCAAAUUUCAGCCGGAAUGGCUUGGCUGUUUCUGAGAACGAGGCUAAGGGAAAGGACAUUGUUUAGUCCCAUUAAAAACAAUUUGGGCACCCUUUUCUUUGAGCAGCUUUAGCACCCUGUGCUUUGGAGUGAGGACUUGAAAUUUGGUGGAGGCAUGGCCUCUGUGUCGGAUGUGCCUGUUGCCACCCUGGUGAAAAUCUGCCCACAUUUGCUCAAAUUUCUUUUUAAAAUUGCAGUUUGCAUGUGCCCAGAGACUUCAGUUUUACCAGCAAAAAUUUCUGAUGAUCCCAUGCUCACUGAGCAUGCUUAAGGCUCUCUCAGCUCUUUGUACUGACCAGACUCUGCAUGUGCCAUCCCCAAAGAGCAGCUGUGCAUGCUGCUGCUAGAGUAGGGCUGCUGGGACAAAGCUGGGCUUGCCCUGUGAUUGCUGUACUAGGCCAGGUGUGGCUGGGCACUACAGCUGAGGGCAGAGAGGCUGUCUCUCCUGUGCUCUCAGGGCCCCCUUGCCUUGCUGGGAUCCAGACACUUUGGGGGAGAAAGCUGUCUGAUGUGAGUGCAAAGGAGACAAAAGCUGGAUCGGGGCAAGGGGAGGAGUAAAUUGGUGAAUCUAGUGAACCUGGGUUGCAGGGGGAGGGAUGCUGGGACUAGUGGGAUAAGGAGACUGGGACUGGCAAUGGGGGGAGGGACGGAACCAGGGAGAGAAAUGGGACAGGACUGGGAGCCAGUUGGCUGGGGUGGGCGGGGGACUGGCACUGGCUGGACAGUGAGGCUGGGAUUAGGGACCAGUGAGGGGGGGCAGAGGAGGGGGGACAGCUGAAAAGGAGAUGGGAUGUGGGAGGAGAAUUGGGACUGCUUGGGCAAAGAGACAGGGCAAGGAGGGUGGGAAGGGGAGACUGAAUUUAAAUGAGCAGCCCAGGGAGGGAGAUUAGGGGAGGGAGAUUAGGAGAGGGAGCCUGUGGGGUUGGGAAGAAGAGGGAUCUCAGAUGUGGAACUGGGGGAGGGAACUGGCUGGGAGAGGAGUUGGAGCAAAAUGGGGAGAAUUGUGACUGGGUGUGAGUGAGACUUGGGGCAGAGUUUGGUAUUUGGAGAGCUAGCGGGCGGGGAAGGGGGGAAGAGGGAGAUUAAUGCAGGCUGGGCAAGGAGAUGGGCUGGGAUGAGAAGAUGAGAAGCCUGAGCAGUAGAGGUGACUGGGUAGGCCAGGAGAAUGGGACUGGAACAAGGAGCCAGGGCUGGGACAGAGACAGGAAUAGGUUGUUGGGGAGAAGGGAUCAAGCUUGGGAGCAAUGAUGGGAAGAGUCUGUGCCACUAGAGCACGUGCCCCUCCAGAGCCUUUCAGUUUAUUUUUUUAAAACUUUGGAAAAUAUGUGACCCCCAUGUGCAUGUGUUUAAUGACAUGGUCACAUACUGUUGUUUCCCCAGGAUCCCUUCCUGGUUCAGUGCACUGGCUGGACCUACUCAUAGAAUCAUAGAAUAUCAGGGUUGGAAGGGAUCUCAGCAGGUCAUCUAGUCCAACCCCCUGCUCAAAGCAGGACCAAUCCCCAACUAAAUCAUCCGAGCCAGGGCUUUGUCAAGCCUGACUUAAAAAACCUCUAAGGAAGGAGAUUCUACCACCUCCCGAGGUAACCCAGUCCAGUGCUUCACCACCCUCCGAGUGAAAAAGUUUUUCCUAAUAUUCAACCUAAACCUCCUCCACUGCAACUUGAGACCAUUACUCCUUGUUCUGUCAUCUGGUACCACUGAGAACAGUCUAGAUCCAUCCUCUUUGGAACCCCCUUCAGGUAGUUGAAAGCAGCUAUUAAAUCCCCACUCAUUCUUCUCUUCUGCAGACUAAAUGAAUGGAGUCUGCAGGACUCUCUUGUUUGUUGCUGAGGAAUGGAGCUUCAAGAAGAGAAAGGCAUGGGUCUCAUGGGAAAAGCAGUUGAAUGCUGCCCUGGACAAGUGGAUUCUAUUCCUGCCCCUGAGGCUGAGUCCCUGUGUGAUGCUGGGCAAGUCAAACCAAUUCUUAACAGGGGGCCACUGACUGUUUUCCUCAUUUGGGGGUGCCUGACUGGAGACCCUGGGUGGAAGUGUUGAGCAUGUCCUGCUGCAGCUGGUCAGUGAGAACUGUGAUUGAAUAUAGAAAGUGCUAUAUAAUGCUUAUCAGGCCCUAAGUGCCUCGUAUUGGGCACAAAAUUAGUAGAUAUUUUUGACCUUAAUCUCUUUGUGCCUCAGCUGUCCACCUGUAAACUGUGGAUAAUACCUCUCAUCUCUCCAAGAUGCUGGAGAUGGGGGCUUCAUUAAUUUUGGUGAAGCACUUCGCUACUCUAAUGAUGAGUGCAGGAGAAAAGCCCAUGAGGAAAUGAAUAAUUCUGUCUCAGAGCAGGGUUUGAAUAGUGGGCAGUAGAUGGGGCAUGGGGGCCUUACAUGGAACAAUGAGGCCAAAACAAAAUAUUGACUAGCUGCCCAUUAAGGUAACACAGUCCACCGUGCAUCAUGAUGGAAAAAACAGUAUGAGAUUGUGUAAUUAAAGACUGUGUCAUAAUGUGUACGCACCAGGGACCGAAUUUAGAUGGCCAAGGUGGCCUUAAUUCUGACAUUUCCUAACUUUUGAUGGCUUGACUUUGCAAUCUAAAUAGCUUCCUUUUAAUGUAGCUUUUGUGCGUAACAAAGACCUGUGCAGGCCAUGGAAUGUUUGAGUUAAGGAACCUAAGACAGAAUGUUCUGGGCCAUAAAAGGAGCAGAGCCAUUAAGCUGUGCUCACAGCAUCAGCGGAAACGUGAAGGGACAGACCAAAGUCAGGGAGAUGCCAGCAUUGUCCAGCCAGCCUGCCUUAUGCACAUUUUCUGAUCCCUGGCUGCCUUCUUCACCCUCCAUCCCUGCUUCUCACACUCAGGCCCAACCAUGUUGCAUUCAGACAUCCUCAGCACUCGUCUCUGGCCCCGCUCAGGCAGGGAGAUACCAUUGUGCUAGAAUCAACGUCUGAUUUGGUAUUUUUUUAAUUAUUUAAAUUCUGGAAGCUGGAGUAUUUUGUACCUUGACACAUUUUGGGGGGAAUAAAUGCUUGAUUCUUUUUGACAAA